UUUCAACUUAUAGAGCCAAACGGCAAACAAAUGAUGCCCAAUGAUUAUUCGAAUUGAUCAUGGUAUUAUUUAAGCUGGCACUUUUUCAAACUUAUCCCAUGCUUGCACGAAAGCAAUUUUUUAAAAGGAUCACAAGUAUCCACUAUGGAUCCUGGACUAACCAAAGCAGAAUUAGGGGGUACAGAAUAUCCGAAGCGAGGCAAGUCAUAUGAAGUUAACCCCAUUUCAGACGAUCGGGCAGCUCGAGGCUCAAGUCAGAAAGAGGCAAUAGAGAAAACUUGGAAAACAUAUGUCGAAUCAACCACCCUUCAUGGCUUGCAUUACGUGUUCUCCCGCUCAACCAGCGCGCGUCGCUUUCUUUGGGCUGGGCUUCUUUUGCUCGCAAUGAUGUGGUUUUCAUUUCAGUCCUUCAAGUUGGUCGAGAAGUAUUACAGCUACAAAGUGACGACAAAAGUCAGUUUAAGAUACGAACCUAUGCAGAAUUUUCCAGCGGUGACUAUCUGCAACUCCAACAUGUUCAAACAUUCCGUGGUUAAAGCGAAGGCGUAUGAAGAAAUUGUACCCCAUCUAUUUGUCUCCAUUAGUGAAAAAAUGGGCUUACCUCUCAGUUUCAAUGAUAGCAUUGACUUGAACAAAUAUAAUGACUUUAACCUCACACAGUUUUACAUCGAUGCAGGACACCAAAUCACUGAUACCGUAUUUCACUGCAUUUGGAACGGAAAACCGACUUGUGGCCACAGGAAUUUCACGUCCGUGUUAACAUCGAUGGGACUUUGCCACACUUUCAACUCAGGAAGAGAUGGUCAACGUAUAUUGCAAGUGAAGCAGGCAGGCUCCGAUCGUGGACUACACCUGAUAUUAAACGUUAAACAAAGGGAAUAUUACGGGAUAACAUCAUAUCUCGCCGGCCUCAAAGUUCUUAUUCAUGAUCAGCAGACUCUGCCAUUGGUCUCUCGGCUUGGCUUUGCUGUGAGUCCUGGUACGAGUACAUUUGUGGCGUUAAAAAAACUGAGGAUCCUCAAUCUUCCAAAACCUUAUGAAGGCAACUGCCACGACAAAGAGAUCAAAAGCAUACCUGGCUUUAGCAAGUACACUAUUCCUUCUUGCGAAGCGGUUUGUCUGACCAACUUUGUUAUUGACAAGUGUGGAUGCAGGGAUGCUUUGAUGCCAGAUAUUAACAACACCAAAGUCUGUGGAUUGCGUGAAAUCAAGAACUGCCAAGCGAAACAGACGAAGGUUUUAUUUCUCCUUUCUGGCAACUUUCACAAAGGAAUAGAAAACCAGUGUGACUGCCCAGUGCCUUGUGAUUCCAUCUCCUUCAAUUCCAUGUUGUCAUACGCUGCCUUUCCGAGUAACAAUUUCCUAGCCAGUUUAGCCGAAGAACUUGGGGUAUCCAAUACUACAGCAGAUCUUUUGAAAGAAGAACAAGAAAUAACGAGCCAGAAUCUGCUGGAGCUGCGAGUGUAUUUUCAAGAUCUGAAUUACCAAGUCAUCGAGGAAAUACCAGCUUAUGAAUACGAAAGUCUGUUAGGUGAAAUCGGCGGUCAAGUUGGUCUCUGUGUUGGCGCCAGUCUCUUGACCGUGCUUGAGUUCUUUGACGUCAUAAUUGCUAUCGUCGGGAUACGGUUGGGAUUUAGAUAAACUUACAGAGUGAACGAUAUGAUUCUUUUUAGCGAGGCCUUAGACUACAGUAACAAUUAAAAGUUUUCGCCGAUCCACGCAUCACCUGAUGAAGAUAAGAUUUAUUUCCAAAGUUAAGUCUAUAAUUAUACUUGAAUGAACAAGUCAAUUUUUUUGCAAACCCCUUCCGUCCCCUCGCCUCGUUUAAUCACAGCUUAACAAGCUUGUUAGCCAGUCUGCUCUUGAAUUCAGCGUAAUUUUGUCACAUGAAUCAUGUUUAGGUAGCCUGUUAGUGCAGAAAUAGUUCUCUCUGUAAUCAGUCAUGUUUAGGUAAAGCACAUCUUCUUUAGUUUAGAAAGCGAUCUGUAUCAUACUCGCACCGUUCAAAUGCAAUAGGAUGCAAAAGCGACUGCGGUAGCAUUGCCGUCCCAACUCCCACUCCGCCAGGCCAGCGCUCGGUCAGAGUAACCAACAUCAAUCCUCCAUAUUUCUAUGUUACUAUCUGUCA